CCUCUAUCCCAGCGUAACCUGUUACCAUCCGAGAUCCCCACGGGCGGCAGCAUCCUGUGCAGCUGCAGCGGCCCGGGGGGCGGAUUUGCAGGCAAGAGAGAAUCCUCCCCAGCUCUGGGGGCGCACCCACCGCCCACAGGCAUGAAGUGAUGUUCCAGGGAGCAGAGUCUCAGGCACUGCUCCUGCUCCUGCUGCUAGAUAGCUUGGUCUUCUGCUCUCUGAGCCCCAGUCCACCUAGAGAGAGAAGAAAAGGAAAGGCAAAACCCCACCCCAAAACGACGCCCAAACCAUCCUUUCUGAAUCUUUCCUCGGGGAUAGCUGCCUCUACUGCUCUUAGGCUCCGCCCCCCGGGAUUGGAACCUUGGAGGCAUAGGGCGGUGCUGGGCAGGAGAAGGGGCCUCUCCCAAGUUCUAUGACUCUUAGCUGAUUGGAUAGUUGGCUUUCCUUUUCCCCACCUACCAUGGGCACCCAAGGGCCCUUCUACUCUCACAGCCUGUUGGACAUCACCCCCGCCAGGACCAUCCUGGUAUACCGCAACGGAGACGAGUUCUACGUAGGCACGAAGUUUGUGAUCAAUCGAAAGCGGGUCCCCAACAUUGAAGCCUUGAUGACUCAGUUGAAUGACAAGUUGGCAGUUCCUUUCGGUGUGAGGCGACUGUACACGCCCUGUCAAGGACACCGGAUCCUGGAGCUGGAGCAGCUGCAACAAGGGGGCAAAUAUGUUGCAGCUGGGAGAGAGAGGUUCAGGAAACUGGAUUAUUUCCACAUAGCUCCCCGAAAACCCACAAGGAUGAAAAAGUUCAAGGAAAUCAGACCAGUUGUACACUGUGACAUGAAUGUGCCUUCUAGGUGGCAAACAUUCCAUCGAAAACCACGCCAUAUAUUUGUUUUCACAAAUGGAAAUAUAUUUGUACCACCUGCAAAAUUAAUUAUACCCCGAUUCACUCUGUUUGAUUGGAAUAAUGUCCUGUCCAUGAUUGGAGAAAAAGUUCACCCUGCCUCAGGGGGUGUGCGAAGACUGUAUACAAUGGAUGGGCUUCUUCUGCACAACUCGAAUGAUUUGAUUGACCACCAUUACUAUGUUGCAUCAGGAUUGGAGCACUUUAAACAUUUACCCUAUUGGGAGACGACUAGGAUUUCUAAGGAGGACAAAGAAAAGUAUGCUGAAUUUGAAAAGAACCCAAGAAGAAAGAAAAAAAUAAGGAAACCUAGAGACCAAGAGAAACAACAACUUAAGAAGAAGAACCAUGAAAUCCACUCAGGCUAUACGACUUCAAAUUCCAUGCAAGAGCAGAGUUCUGAGGGCAUGAGCACAUCACAGGACCUAAAAAAAGAAGUUGAUCGUCCUUUAUAUGAAGAAAUGCUUAAAAAAACCCACAGCUCAGUGUUUUAUUCAAAUUUAAACAAGAAGCCAAGUAUCAUGGAACAUUUCACUCUAAGUGGUGGAGACGGCGAUGUGUAUCAAGCACGCACCUCUAGAAAAGAAAUUCAAGGAGCACAGUAUGUGAAAGAGGAUAAGAAUUUGCAAGUAGACUUGCCAGUUGAUGAGAGACCAGCUGAAAUGAUUAAAGAAGAUGAGGAUAUUUUUGACUUAAUCAGUAGUCAUUCUAGCAAAGAAGCAGAAGAAGAAGAAAGAUUAUAUGAAGAGAUUGACAGAAAGGAGCAGCAAAUCAAGAGAAUUCUUAGAGGAAAUAAAGAGGGAAGCAAAAGAGGAUGGCCUUUAAAGAUGUUUGACUUUUUUCUCAGACCAAAAGUCAAAGAUUUCAUAUCCUCCAUGAUGAUGGCGAACACCUUUGGAGCCCACUCUGAUACCUCCCUCAAGGUAAAACAAAAACUAUUAAAUCAACCACAUGAUCAAAUACAUCUAGGAUACCAACAACUUCUACUAUCAAAGGGACAAAACAAUCCAGAACAACAGACAAAAAGCCAAAGAAAACAAAACUUUGGCAAGGAAGAACUGCUUUACCAGGCAUAUUGGCCAUGGGGCAAAAAACGAUCACAAAAUAAUUGAAGAGAAAAACUUGCCAUGUGACCUCACAUUGCACUAGCUAAAGAGGUGGCCUUGGGAGUGAGAAUCCAGUGCUUUUCAACAACGACAACAACAAAAAUCACCUUUAAAUCUACUUGAAGCCAAUUUUUCUCCUAUCAUAGUUGCUUCCAUCUCACAUUCAGACAUUUUAACAGCAAAGAAAUCAUGUCUGAAGGGAAACCUGAACCCCAGAAUAGUAGUUUCUGUUUACAAGGAGGGUUGCAGGUGCUUUGUGUCCCAAAUUGUUUUAAUUCUCUUUCUUGGUAAGAUUUCUUUUUACCAAACAUUUAAAAGAAUGAAAUGUUGGUCAUUAUAAUUAAAUGCCAGAAAAUUCUUCCAGAAAA